UUGUUCACUUCCUGUAAACAAAGCGACAGUCUGUCUAGUUCCUGAGUCUUCUCUACGCUUCUACAUACGUUUCAGUGUUUUUCAGACGAUGGCUCAAGCAGGAGUGGUACUGGACAAGGACCAGUUCAACUGCUCGGUAUGUCUGGACGUGUUGCGGGAUCCUGUGACCAUCCCGUGCGGCCACAGCUACUGUUCGGACUGUAUCCAGAACUACUGGGACCAGGACGACUACCUCGGGGUCUUCGUCUGCCCGCAGUGCAGGCAGAGCUUCAACCCGAGGCCGUUGCUCGCCAGAAACACCAUGUUGGCCGACGUGGUGGAGAGAUUCAAAAAGACUGGACUCCAAGACGUCACGCAAACACCUGCAAACCAAAGUUUUGCCGAAGCCGACGACGUUGAGUGCGACGUGUGUACCGGGAGGAAAAACAAGGCUGUCAACUCGUGUCUGGUGUGUCUGGCGUCCUACUGCGACGUCCACGUCCAGCCUCACUACGAGUCUGCUGUUUUCAAGAAGCACAAGCUGGUUUCAGCCACCAAAAAGCUCCAGGAGACGAUCUGUCCCCAGCACGGGAAGCUGCUGGAGGUUUACUGCCGCACUGACAAGCAGUGCAUCUGUUAUCUGUGUCUGACAGACGAGCACAAAGGACACGACACGGUGCUGGCUGAGGCAGAGAUACAACAGAAGCAGAGGCAGCUCGGAGACAUGAAGCAGACCUCUCAGCUGAGAAUCCAGCAAAGAGAGAAGGAGGCCCAGGACCUGAGACACGCCAUCUAUUCUCUCACUCGCUCUGCUCGGGCAGCAGCUGAAGAGAGCGACGCGGUCUUCACUGAACUGAUUCGCUCCAUCGAGCUGAAGCGGUUCGAGGUGAGAGAGCUGAUCAGAGCCCAGGAAAAGACGGUCGUCAGUCAGGCUGAGCAGCUGCUGGAGAAGAUACAGAAGGAGAUUGCUGAGCAGAAGAAGAAUGAGGCUGAACUGGACAAACUGUCUCACACUGAGGACCACAUCCAUUUCCUUCAAAGCUGUCAGUCGCUCCAAGCUCCACCCGUGCUGUCAGCUUUACCUUCAAUCAACAUGGACCCCAACCUCACCUUUGGCCCCGUGAUGACAGCUGUGUCAGAUUUUAAAGGACUGCUGCAGGAGGUCUGCCAGGGAGGAUUUGUCAGCAUCUACGAAAAAGUGAGAGACGUAGUGAUUGUAGGACCUCCACACCCCGGUGUCCAGCUAGAUAAGACCGAGCCCGGUGACGCCGCGUCGACUGUACAAAUGGAAGCAACACUAGUCAUCCCUCCACUCGGCCUGGACCAAAGUCCUGUGAACCCUCUCAACCCUUUCCUCACUCCAGCACCUGCUGUGCCCACGUUUGUCUUCUCACCGUUUGGCUCUAAACUCUCGUCAGGAUCCAGGCAGAGGCACCUUCAACGACGCGCUCACCCCAGGAGGAAAUAGACUUCUAGUGGACAUCAAGAUCAACAUUUCACAUGCACAAGAAGGAGUUGAAUGUCAUCAUUCUUGAGUGCUUUCUUCUCCUUUUCCCUCCCUGUACUGACACUCAUGAAUUUGUACAUUUAAUAAUUCAUCUUAUAGAAUUAGUUUUUUACCAAUCAGUUGUACGUAUGUGCAUUAGUGCAGGUGGGAAAGAGACGAGGAGAGCCUCACGCACUCCUAUAGUGCCACACUGACAAUGUAUUUACUUUAUUAAGUAUUACGCAGCACAAAGCUAGACUGAACUCACUAUAACUUCAGUAUUGACAAUGGAACUGCCUUGAAACUCACUAUGGUUUUAGUUUUUAUGAAGAUAUGCUUUUAUAAUUAUUUUCCUCUGUUUUUUAUAGCCAAAACUCUCUGCAACAAUCAUUUUGGUUUACAGAAACAUGUAAUAUAUUGUGAUUUGUGACACGCUGACAUUAAAAAACAAACAGACUUGUACAAACUAGA